AUGCCCGUAUAUGUAUCGGAAACUCUCUCGAAAGCUACAGAAGCGUCACCGAAUCGGCCUUUGAGUUUUGAUCCUCCACUGCUAAAUUCAGCAAACCCAUGGGCAACCACGAAAGAAGAUCUCGAAGCCUUGUACAACUGCCCACAUACUGGCGCAAUAACCACCCGCACUGCUCUUGCGAAUGGAUUCGAGCAUGACGAUGCUACUCAUCAGUACUGCUUCUUCGAGCCCAAAAGUCAUGCAAUAAGAGGUCACAGUAGCGAAGCUCAUCCUCCUCCUCCCCCUCCUCCUCAAGGCACCACCCCUGCCGAUUCAAUCUCGAGUCUCAAUACUCUUGGCUACAGCCCUUUCUCCGUCCAUGAAUAUCUGAAGAUCAUAAAGGACCUACUGCUAAGCCUUCAGCUAGAGGGUCGUCCGACUAAACCAAUCAUCAUCUCCGUAGCCGGAUCGGCCGAGGAAGUUCUUGAUCAUUACCGUAGCAUGUCGCAUCUACAACUCAAUCUAAACCAAACUCAUGACAUCUCCGCAAGACUAUUGAUGGAGAUCAAUCUCUCCUGCCCGAACAUUGCUGGGAAACCACCGCCCGCGUACUCCAGGGAUGAACUACUAAAGUACCUGAUACCUUUGGUUGACGCGGACCCUGGUGGUUGGGGAACCAUAAAGGUGGGCGUCAAGACACCACCGUACACUUACCAAACACAAUUCGACGAACUCAUCUCCGCGCUCCUUGCAUCGAGCAAAGGUCGCUGCCCGAUCUCAUUCAUCACAGCAACCAAUACCCUUGGUUCCUCCCUCGUCCUCUCUGGUUCUCUGACACCUGCACUCAAUUCCUCAACCAGCACGGGCAUAGGAGGCCUUGCAGGCUCUGCGCUUCAUCCUCUUGCUUUGGGCAAUGUAGCAACGAUACGUCGCAUGCUAGACGCGCAUGAGCUGCUCCAACACAUUGAAAUCAUUGGCGUGGGAGGUGUCAGUGAUGCAUAUGGCUAUAAAAGAAUGAGAAUUGUAGGUGCCGCAGCUGUAGGCGUAGGAACAGCGUUGGGAGUGGAAGGGGUGGCGGUGUUUGAGAGGAUCAGGGGGAAAGUGGAGGGGAAAGUUGAUGGCGAAAUCCGUCCUCAGAACAUUCAUGAAGGCCUAUUACCUUAG